AUGCGUAUCUCUGUCGUCACCUUCGCGGCCCUGGCUGCUGCCAGCCCAAUCAUGCAGCUGCGUGAUGCCCCUGCCGACUCGGCUCCGGCAUACUACCCUGGUGAAUCUACACCAUCCAAGUCUUCUUACUCGAGCGAGCCCAGCAAGGGCUCUGAGGGCGGAAACUCUGGCAACGGCGGCUCAAACACCGCUCCUUCUGCCUCUCCUGCAGCGACGGAGGAGAAGGGCAACGGAUCCGAUGACAACAACGGCGGAGAAGAGCCUGCCUCUACCACUCCUUCCGGUUCUGGAAGCUCAACCCCGUCCGACACUUCUGUCAGCACCCCAGAUCUCCCAACGCAGAACAUCCCGGUUCCCGCUGGAGGUCUCCCAGUUGGGGGAAGCGUUGGAUUGCCCUCAGCAAACAUUCCCGACGCCAGCUUGCCGCUCGGCAGCAUUGGUACUCCCCUUGGAUCCGGUGGCGUGAAGAACCCACUGCCCUUGAGCACAUCUAUCAGCACCCCGGACAUUGGGUCUGGUAUCGUCCCCAAAUUGCCUUCUACUGGAUCUCCCUUCGGUAAUGGCCCAUCUUUCGAAUUACCUGGCGCGAACUUGCCAGGUUCUUUGCCUUCUGUUGGCUCUAACCUCCCUUCUCUUGGUGCCGAUGCCGGAAUCCCAUCUCUCGACAUUCCAGGUGGCAAACUCCCAGGCUCCUUGCCUUCUGUUGGGUCAAACUUACCCUCCGUCGGUUCAAACUUGCCCAACAUUGGCGGAGAUUUGAGCUCCGGUGUUAAACCAAGCACUGGAUCUGGCCUUGAUUUGAAUGCAGGUGCUGGCGGCAAGCUUGAUGGAUCUCCACUCCCGUCAGGGUCGUCGAGCAUUCCUGGCCUGGAUCUCGGCUCAAGUGCGGGAGGCUCUGCGGGUCUGCCCAACAUUGGAUCGAGUGUCGGAGGCAGCGCGGGCCUUCCUUCAGUCAGUGGAUCUGUCGGCGAUGUUGAUGGCGAUCUUAAGGGCAAGCUUCCCGGGCUGAACUCCAACAACAACGCCGGUGUCGACGGUGCUCUUAAAGGAAACUUUCCUUCAGUCGAUGGAAUGCUUAGCGGCAACGCAGGCUCCGGUCUGCCUUCCGUUGAUGGUGCUCUCAAAGGAAGCUUCCCCUCCGUCGAUGGAAUGGUCAGCGGCAACGCAGGCUCCGGUCUGCCUUCCGUUGAUGGUGCUCUCAAAGGAAACUUCCCCUCCGUCGAUGGAAUGGUUAGCGGCAACGCAGGCUCAGGUCUGCCUUCCGUUGACGGUGCUCUCAAAGGCAACUUCCCCUCCGUCGAUGGAAUGCUUAGCGGCAACGCAGGCUCAGGUCUGCCUUCCGUUGACGGUGCUCUCAAAGGCAACUUCCCCUCCCUCGAUGGAAUGCUGAGUGGAAACGCAGGCUCAGGCCUCCCUUCAGUCGAUGGUGCUCUUGGAGGCAAGCUCCCUGGUGUUAACGACAUCCCCUCGGUCGAUGGAAUGCUCAGUGGAGACGCAGGCUCAGGCCUCCCUUCAGUCGAUGGCGGUCUUGGAGGAAAGCUCCCCGGUCUUAACGACAUGCCCUCGGUGGAUGGAAUGCUCAGUGGAAACGCAGGCUCAGGCCUCCCUUCAGUCGAUGGAGCGCUCAAAGGCAAUGCAGGCGGCGCUGGUCUCCCUGGCCUCUCUCUGAACGGCGACGGAAAAGCCUCAGCCGGAACUGGCUCAGGUUUGCAAGGUGAUGGCCAAGGUUCUCUGGGUGUUGGUUCCGGUCUUGCUCCAGGCCUCGAUCUCAACGCGGGUGCUGACGGCAAGCUUAACGGAGACAAGAACUCUGGUAUCAUCCCAUCAGUCGGUUCAGGAAACUCUGGUCUUAACGUUGAUGGCUCGCUUAACGCCACCAACGGUCAAAACUCACAGAAUGCCGGAUCCGAAUUCCCUGGAGUCUCGACGAAUGCCCAAGGACRCAGCACACUGGGCCAGAACGGACCCGCACUGUCUUUGAGCGGUUCAGGCGAGAUGCACCUGGGCUCCUCCAACGGACCAAUCAUCUCGGUUGGAUCAUCUUCAAACUCAGGAGGCAUGAAGCUUGGUGGUCAAAAUGGAGUUCCUUUCUCACUGUCAGCAGACGGAUCGAUGUCAUUGGGCACAGAAUCCAACAAAAUUCCACUCUCCCUCUCUGGAUCGGGCAGCCUUCACAUGGGAAACUCAGGUUCCUCAGGCCCUCUUUUGCAAAUCACGGCUGGCGGGCAGAUGACCAUGGGCACUAGCAAAAUCCCUCUCUCCCUCUCUGGGUCUGGUAGCCUCCACAUGGGAAACGCAGGUUCUUCAGGCCCACUCAUUCAGGUCACAGUCGGAGGUCAGAUGUCAAUGGGCACUAGCAAAAUCCCACUCUCCCUCUCUGGGUCUGGUAGCCUCCACAUGGGAAACGCAGGUUCUUCAGGCCCACUCAUUCAGGUCACAGUCGGAGGUCAGAUGUCAAUGGGUGCAGGAUCCAACAAGAUYCCGCUCUCCCUCUCUGGGUCGGGCAGCCUUCACAUGGGAAACUCAGGUUCCUCCGGCCCUCUCAUCCAGGUCACAAUUGGAGGCCAGAUGUCAAUGGGUGCAGGAUCCAGCAAGAUCCCGCUCUCCCUUGAUGGAUCGGGUAGCCUUCGCAUGGGCAAUUCGGUAUCUGGCCCGCUUCUUCAGGUCACAGUUGGUGGACAGAUGAGCAUGGGUGCAGGAUCAAACAAGACUCCCCUCUCUCUUGACGGCUCGGGUUCGCUCAGAAUGGGUGCUUCUGGAGCUGGCCCGCUUCUUCAGGUCACAGUUGGUGGACAGAUGAGCAUGGGCUCAGGAUCAACYAAGACWCCCCUMUCUCUUGACGGCUCGGGUUCGCUCAGAAUGGGUGCUUCCGGAGCUGGCCCGCUUAUCCAAAUCACAAUCAGUGGACAAAUGAGCAUGGGUGCAGGAUCAAGCAAGAGUCCGCUUUUCCUUGACGGCUCGGGUUCGCUCAGGAUGGGUUCUUCCACAUCCGGCCCGCUUUUGAGUGUGAACGGCCAAGGGCAAAUGCAGCUCAACAACGGAGGCCUCAAUAACGGACCGCUGCUUGUGAUCCUGGUCAACGGAGACAUGCACCUCGCCAACCAACAAGGACCUCUCUUCCGUAUCAACGGCGAUCGAAUGGAGAUCGAUACAGGCAAAGGCUUUGCUCCAUUCUUCCUCAGUGCUAGUGGAGUCRUGCGAUUGCACAGCAGCAAUGGCCCAAUAAUUUCCAUUGAUGCUCAUGGUGCGAUGGACGUUGGCGAGAGCAGCUCUAGCAGCUCAGGCAAGGCAUCCGGCGGCAUCUUCGUCAAUGGAUCGGCCAAAGAAUCACAGGGCAGCAGCUCAGGCAAGGCAUCCGGCGACCUUUCUGUYAAGGGAUCGGCCAAUGCAUCGCAGGGCAGCAGCUCUGACAAGGCAUCUGGUGGCCUCUCCGUCAAGGGAUCGGCCAAAGAAUCACAGGGCAGCGCAUCCGGCGACCUCUCCGUCAAGGGAUCGGCCAAGGGAUCGCAGGGAAKCAGCUCUGACAAGGCAUCUGGCGGCCUCUCCGUCAAGGGAUCGACCAAAGAAUCACAGGGCAGCGCAUCCGGCGACCUCGCCGUCAAGGGAUCUGCCAAAGAAUCACAGGGCAGCAGCUCAGGCAAUGCAUCCGGCGACCUUUCUGUCAAGGGAUCGGCCAAGGCAUCGCAGGGCAGCGGCGUUUCUGCGGAGGGCAAGGGAUCCGCCAAGGUCAGCAACUGA